AUGGCGACGCGUGUGUCGGACUUCGAUUCCACAGCAAUCUUCGGAAAUAACGGAGAAGACAACACUGCAAACGCGUCGCUGGUGUACCUGGUGGUCGGGGUGUGCAUCGGCUGGAGUUCGCCGCUCGUGCCACGGCUGCAGCAGAACACGUCGCACAUCGUCAUCACGGCGGACGAGGGCUCGUGGCUGGCGUCGACCGUCGGGCUGGUGGCGGCGCCGCCGUCGCUGCUGGCCAGCGUGCUGGUGGACGUGGUGGGCCGCCGCAGGAUGAUGCUCGCCUGCGCCCUGCCCUUCCUCGUCACCGCCGUCUGGCAGCGCUUCGCCUCCUCCUUCUGGGAGCUGCUCGCCAGCAACAUCCUCUCCGGCGUUGCGAUCGGCUUCAUCGUCCCCGUGUUUCCUCUCUAUGUGGUGGAGAUAGCACAGGACCACAUCAGAGGGUUACUGGUCUCGCUUGGUCCGCUGAUGGCCGGUAUAGGCGCCUUCCUGAUGAUGAUUGUGGCGUCGUACGCACCAUUCGACGGCGUGACGGAGUUCAUGAUGGCCGGCCCCAUCGUGUUUGUGGCGUCGUUCUGGUGGAUGCCGGAGAGUCCGUACUUCUUGGUUGCCAAACACCGCUCGCAGGAGGCAGCGCAGGCCCUGAUGCGGUUGCGUGGGAAAAGCUCGAAUAACGAUGUAAUAGGCGAGUUGGAGGCCAUCCAGAGGGCCUUGGAAGAGCGCACCAAGAACGAGAUCAGCGCCGCGGACGCCUUCCUGGAACUGCGGAGGAACGCCGGCGCACGGAGGGCCUUCUUUCUGUCGAUUACUUACGUGAUCGUGCUGGUGUUCGGAGGCAGCGCCACCAUGGGCGUGUACUCGACGCAGAUCUUCCAGACCACCGGCAGCUCACUAGACGCCAGCGUGUCGGCCAUCAUCCUCUGCGCCGUCCAGGUCGCCUUCAACAUCCUCGGAGUCCUCCUCGUGGAUCGAGUGGGCAGGAGACCCCUCGUACUCUUCUCCUUCGGAGGCUGCGCUGUAACUGUGGCAGCACUGGGAACGUACUUCUACUUGAUGAAAUUCGGCAAUAAAGGAACCGUCGACAGCCUCUUCUGGCUACCAUUGACAGCGCUCAUUCUAUACUACAUUUCCUACGACAUGGGAGGCAACGCAUUACUGUGGGUGUUGAGCAACGAGCUGACUCCCGCGUCCGUCCGAGGAUUCUCCAACUCCUGCGUCGGCAUCCUGUUGUCGGUGCUGGCGUUCGGCAUCACCAAGCUGUUCCAACUGGUCGAAGACUCCUUCGGAACCUACGUCCCCUUCUGGUUCUUCUCCAUAUCUUGCUUUGUCGGGGUCAUCUUUGCGUGGUUCUUCAUCCCAGAGACUAAGGGCCGUUCUCUGGAGGACAUCACUGCCGAGAUGAGCGCUAAGGCGGAAGGGCUCCCUCGUGAGUCCUUAACGCGGAAGACGAGCCUCGAGGAUAUAAGUGCUGUGCAGUAA